UAGACAACACUUUGUUCGUCUGUAAAUUGCUUUACAGCCAGCGUCGGUCCUAUCCAGAUUAUCGGCCCGAUGCACAUAUUGUUUUCCUUCAAAAAAUGUGUUUUUAACAUUUGAGGUGGCUAGGUAUAAUUUUCUGUUAAGACGAUAUUCCAAUUGGAAACUUUGAGCCUGAGGUUGGUUGGAGCGGUGAGUGAGUCGGUCCAGGAUUUUCUAACGGUUUCUCGUAGUUGAUCAUAUUUCAGGAAGUGGUUUAGGUCUUGCACAUCAGCUGUUCUACUGUAUAUUAUGGUCGCGCUGCCGUGACAUACUUGGAUUGUCCGCUCAUCCCAAGCCGGUCAACAUGUCAAACCGGCGGUGGACCCAGAAGUUUGCGCUGCUGACAGCACUUCAUGUCAUAUCUAUGACAACUUGUUUCUGUGGCAGCUUGCCAUUCAAGAUACCUAAAGAGUUUACUGGACCUGGUCCUGCUGGUCUAACUGGUCAGCAAAGGCCUGUCCCUCCACCUCACCCCCUUCAGACCACCGAGCCUCUUCUGCUCAUUGGAGGCCGGCGGAGACCCAUCAGCCACCUGGGGUCAUUGGGUCAUCCCGCAUCCCUGCAGGUCCUUGUGGAGGCAGAAGGUGAGCAGCUGCUACUCCGGCUGGAAAGGAAUGAGGGUCUGUUCGCCAGUCACUACACCGAGACACACUACCUGGAGGACGGCAGCGUGGCCACUGGCUCUUCCAACCUCACGGUGAACUGCUACUACCAUGGAGACGUUGAGGGUCAUGCUCGGUCGGACGUUGGCCUCAGCACCUGCAUGGGGCUCAGGGGACUGAUUACACUUGAAGAUAAAACCUUUGUACUGGAGCCAUCAGGAGACCCCCAUCCCUCCUCCUCCUCCCCCUCCUACCGUAUCUACCGUGGGGAGCACCUCAACCUGACCCUGGGCUCCUGCGGGCACGGCGCCAACAUCUCGCACCCCUUCAGCCCAAAGGCGCUCCUGGACGCCAGCGACGGGCCGCUGCGCGAGCGCCACAGCAGGCACAGGAGAAAUGCCCAGAGCACCACCAAGUACGUGGAGCUGAUAAUUGUAGCUGACAACCGAGAGUUUCAGAAACAAGGCAAAGACGUGGAGAAAGUCAAGCAGAGGCUGGCGGAGAUUGCCAACUAUGUGGAUAAGUUCUAUCGGCCCCUGAACAUCCGUGUGGCUCUCGUGGGUCUGGAGGUGUGGAGUGACUCGGACAAGUGUGCCGUCACGCAGGACCCCUUCACCACGCUGCACGAGUUCCUGGACUGGAGGAAGCUCAAGCUGCUGCCCCAGAGACCCCAUGACAACGCCCAGCUGGUCAGUGGGGUCUACUUCCAGGGCACCACCAUAGGCAUGGCACCAAUCAUGAGCAUGUGCACCGCUGAGCAAUCAGGAGGCAUCGUCAUGGAUCACUCAGACAACCCUCUGGGGGCUGCGGUCACUUUGGCCCACGAGCUCGGACACAACUUCGGGAUGAACCACGACACGCCGGAGAGGGGCUGCGGCUGCAGGGUGACGGCUGACCGCGGAGGCUGCAUCAUGACUCCUUCCACUGGGUACCCAUUUCCCACGGUGUUCAGUAGCUGCAGUAAGAAGGAUCUGGCAACCAGUCUGGAGAAGGGCGUAGGGAUGUGUCUGUUCAACAUGCCCGAGAUCAAGGUGCUCUACGGGGGACAGAAGUGUGGCAACGGCUACGUGGAGGAGGGAGAGGAGUGCGACUGCGGAGAGCUGGAGGAGUGCAUGAACCCCUGCUGUAACGCCACUACCUGCACACUGAAGGGAGAUGCAGUGUGUGCGCACGGACAAUGCUGUGAGGAAUGCCAGCUGAAGCCAGCGGGCACGCCCUGCCGAGAGUCCAGCAACUCGUGUGACCUGCCUGAGUUCUGCACUGGUGCCAGUCCCCACUGUCCUGCCAAUGUCUAUCUGCACGAUGGUCACGCCUGCCAUAAUGUUGACGGCUACUGCUACAACGGCAUCUGCCAGACCCACGAACAGCAGUGCAUCACCCUGUGGGGCCAAGGUGCUAAGGCAGCUCCAGGGAUCUGCUUUGUGAGGGUGAACUCAGCCGGAGACCCGUAUGGGAACUGUGGAAAGGACUCCAAGGGAUCCUUUGCCAAAUGCGAAGCUCCGGAUGCGAAAUGUGGUAAAAUCCAGUGCCAAGGUGGAGCCAAUCGGCCGGUGAUUGGUACGAAUGCUGUGUCCAUCGAGACCAACAUCCCUCUGCAGGCAGGAGGGCGUAUCCUGUGCAGGGGAACGCACGUCUACUUGGGGGACGACAUGCCCGACCCUGGCCUAGUGCUGACCGGAACCAAGUGUGGAGACAGCAUGAUGUGCCUGAACCGCCAGUGCCAGAAUGUCAGCGUCUUUGGCGUCCACCAGUGUUCCGAGAAGUGCAGCGGGCGGGGGGUUUGUAACAACAACAAGAACUGUCACUGUGAGGCCCACUGGGCUCCUCCUCUCUGUGACAAGGCCGGCUUCGGAGGCAGUGUGGACAGCGGGCCUAUGAGAAUCGCAGACAAUGGGGCUUUGACGCUGGGCAUCCUGGUGGCCUUCCUGUGUCUGGUGGGAGUCGGCAUCUUCGCCUGCAUCAAGAGGAAGACCUUGGUCAGCCUCCUCUUUACCAACAAGAAGAACACCAUUGAGAAGCUGAGGUCUGUGGGGCCGAACAGGCCGUCCAGUCCAACUCACCCACACUCCGUGUGUCGGACGUCUCCGCCACGCCAGCCUCCCGUCAAACCACACAGUGGCAGCAUAUACAAGCCACCUCACCUGGGUCCUGAAGCAGUGGUUGCAUCUCAUAACUUGCGUCAGCUGCCGCAGUGCCCGCCCGUGCACCUGAGCCACCCCUUGCCCGUGGCACUGACCCUGACCAUCUCCCCGCCAGUGCCCCCUCCUCACCGGGCUCUGCUGCCGCCCCACGUCCACCUCCAGGCCCCCCCUCGGGGCGCCUCCUUCCGCGGGGGCCCUCAGCGGCAGCCGUCCUGCAGGAUGGUCAUGGAGCUGGAGAAGCCCAGUCCUCCCCAGAAGCCUUUGCCUGCUGACCCUCUGGGCAGGACGGCCCGUGUGAUGCGCAGUCCCUCCAGCGCCCGCAUGCCCCUGCCCGUCCCGCUCCCUGUGAGAGGACCUGUGCCCGGGGUCCAAAGACCAGUGCCUCCACUCCCUCAUCCAACCAGACCUCUUCCCAAGCAGCCUCCAACACUGCCAAAACCUCACAUCAUUGGUGGAGUGAAAUACAGCUGAGGCCUUUGACACAAGGGAUGGAUGCCCUGGAGGGACAAAAAGACUUCUUUUGCACUAUAGCCUAAAAACUUCUGCCCUUGAAAGACAUGCAUUGUGUCUGAGUCCUGAAACUCUGGGGUGGCGCAGGCCCGACCCCUUGGUGCUCUAUCUCAUAACGGUGCUAUGAGUACAUGCUCAGGUACAUGUAAAGUUAUUUAUGUCCUGUAUUUAUUUCAGCACAGUGCACUGUGGUAGACACUUUCUAAUUGUAGCAUUUGGGUUUGAUUUGAAUCUCUCCUCCUACAUCUUGGUCUGUUUGCUUGCGUUGUGUAUACUGUUCUGUUUUAUCAGGAGAGGAUUCAGUGCUCUCAUUAGUGGGCCAUCUGGAGAGAUGCGGAUAAAAAAAGAUGUUAGGUCGAGUAAACUGGAUUUGAAAUGGAAGGGACGUUUGCAGCUUUAUGUGUGGGAGAAUCACUACAGUACUUGGGAGAUGAAGGAUUAACGGGAGGCAACAGCAAUCUUGAGCAGACUUUUCUGCAUCCUGUGAAUUGAUUCAAAAAGUGACACACAAUCACAAAGUAUUUUGUGACAAUGUUAAAAUGUGUGUAUUUACAUUUAACAUGACUUUGAAAAUAGGACCCAUGCAUUGAGGUAAUUGUAAACAAAACAUCUCAAAGUAUGAAAAGAAAAAUGAAGAAUGGAUGGAAUGUCAACGUUUUUACUGGUGUUUUACAUGAUGAUCAUCUGAAUUUUAAACAAGACACUUGAGUACAAGGUAGUUCCACUACAUUUGAAAGAACCAGAUAAAACAACCUGUAGAUGAAGUUACAUAUGUUACAGAAUAGUCAGCAUAAAGUAGUGAGGGCUGUUCAGCCAUCUGUCAAGGUGCCAUUCUCACUCCUGGCCAUAAGCCCCAACUACCCCAGAGCACCUGAUGGGCAACUGUGGACUCCAGCAUAUGGGGUAUGUCCUGCAAGCCUCAGAGGGGAGAAGCAGAACUUUAGACUUACAUGACUGGACCUGCAGGAUGCAGCCUGGUAACGGAGUGAUGGUACAGCUGCAGAACACACUGCCUAUGUGGAGUCUGGAGAGGGCUAACUCGCCUGCGGCUAACACACUUCUGUGCUAGCACGCCUGGGUUUCAGGCCUAAUGGGAGGUGCACUUACACUUGCCCACUGAGAUUUGGGCACAUUGCCUCUGAGCCAGCAAUGUCCAAAAACUUGAGUCUGGCUUGUUCUAUCUAUAUUGUACAUCAAAUUGUGUUUGUUUACUUGUUUCAUGUGCCAAUUACUUUCUUUUGUUGAUGUAUCUCAUUUAAAUAACUGUUUUUAAACUCAUAAUUCACUUUCUAAUGUCAUCAUCUAUAUCCUGCAUAUGGUACAAGGCUUAGUUUAAGUUUUGUUUUUACAAUGUAAAAAGACUUAAAUAGGUUUUGUUCACUCUAUUCUUUCUCUCUCAUCCGUUGCAUCUAAUUAGCAAUACUUGACUGCAAACAAAUGUAUCACUGCUACAUUGAUUAGAAACCAAGGCCACAUCUUUUGAAUUGUAAUGCAUUAGCUUAACUUUGCUUUGCUCACAUUUUUUACUCAUUUAUUUGAAUUUUGUAUGAACACUUUAACCAGUAUUCAUCUCUCUUGCUGGAUUUCUAUUCUUGGAUUCAUAUCCUCAUUGACUGUGUUACAGGUGAACACAUUAUCAAGGUCUUUUUGUACAAUAAAUCUUUGAUAAAUAAUAGCGUAAAAUGUACCAUAUGUAGGUGUCAGUGUCUGCACAGAUUUUAAAAAAUCAGAUCUCCAUAUAUUAGUAAAGCUGUUAAAACUGCUAUUUUGCUUUGU